AUGGAAGUAGAUGGUUUGCCUUGUUUAAAUGAGGAGAUAUUAAUUGCGUCAGAUGAAGGGGAUAUUUUUGUUCAUCUUUCACGCGGCUAUUCAGAAGCUGCUGAAGGAAGAGUUUACAGGGUUAAGCUGAUGCUGUCCAUGGUUGCAGGAGCAAUGUGCCAGGCCUCAUAUAUGCAACUGGCUGAAAUUCCAACUGUACCGAUUCCCCAAUUUUCUCCACAUGUACUCAUGAGGCCAAUUCCAGGAAUGGCAAUGCUUAGCAUGUCUCAUUCAGCAAAAACUUCAAAAGAGGCAUGA